AUGUCCACCACUACCACCACCUCCGUGCCCGAGCAGCUGCGCACGCUGCUCAAGGAGACCAAGGCUCGUCAGGUUCUUCCGCAGACAUGGGACCUCCUCCACGUCAACUCCACGGACACCGUGGGCGCCGCUUUCCACAAAAUGGCGGAGAAGAACGUCUACGCGGUCCCGGUCUUCGACAAGGCCAGCGACUCGUUCACGGGCUUCCUGGGGCUGAGCGACAUCGUGCACCAGAUCGUGCGCUUCUUCGUGGCCAAGGCCAAGCUGGCCCACCCCGACCUGGCCAAGGACGUCCACAAGCUCUUGUCCGCCUCCACCUUCAACCAGACCGACGCCGAGAACAUUCACCACAAGGUCUUCAACCACCCGCUCGCCGACCUCGUCAACGUGUCGACCACCAACGGCUGGAACCCCGUCAGCGACGCCGCCUCGCUCCAGGAGGUGAUCGACGUACUCACCAAGGAGAAGCUGUCCCGCGUGCCUCUCGUCAACGCCGAGGGACAUGUGACGGCCAUCGUGUCUGAGUCGGCGAUCGUGCGCUACCUGGCCGCCCACAUUGACCAGUUUGGCGACUUUGCCGAGGCGCCGCUGUCCGCCGCGCUGAAGCACUCGCCGCUCCUCGAUGCCUCCGACAUGGAGGAGAGCACCAUCGCCUGCUUCGCCAAGCUCGAUUCCCACAAGACCUCGCACCUCCCGCUCACCUCGCACGGCAAGUCCCAAGGCAAUCUGUCGGUGAAGGACAUCAAGGCGGCGGACGAGUUCGAGAGACUGAUCCAGCCCGUGGGCGAGUUCGUGGCCUACAUCCGCCAGCAGAACAUGAAGGCCGUCCACCCCUACAUGCACGCCAACAACACCGACACAGUCGGCAGGACCUACGGCCGUUUUGCCGCCACGGGCGUGCACACGAUGUACCUCACCGACAUGCCGCACGAGGAGCUGGAGAAGACCUCGUCCUACCCUCCCGUGGGCGUGGUCACCCUCCACGACCUCCUCGCACCCCUCGCCUCCAACUAG